AUGGUCAACCGCGCCGCAGCACCCCGCGGCAAGGCCGCCAAGCAGGGCGAGCGCGGCCCAGGCGGCGGCGCAACGUACGACCCGGUGCGGUCGGUGUUCGUCGGCAAUCUGGAUUUCAAGGUGGCGGAGGAGGAGCUGGUGGCGGCGUUCUCUCAGGGCCCAGAGCUGCAGGGCGCACUGGAGGCGGUGCGGGUCGUGCGGGACGCAAAAACCAACAUCGGCAAGGGCUUUGCAUUUGUGCUGUUCAAGACCAAGGCUGCUGCCAGGGCAGCUCUUGCCCUGGACGGAACAAAGGUCGCAAAAAGGACGAUCCGCGUCACCCGGGCAACCCAGGGCGGCGGCGGCAUCGGCAAGGCGGGGCCAAAGGGAAAGGGCGGCAAGCCGGCAGCCGGCAGCGGCGGCGCGCGGCGCCUGCUGGGGGUGCAGCAGGGCGGCGUGGCCAAGAAGUCUGCGCAGGGGCGCCCGGCCAAGGCGGCGGUGGCGGCGGCCAGCGACUGGCAGGGGCUGCAGACCAAAGGGCGGGGCACCAAGGUGCGGGGCCCCAAGAGGAGCAAGCCCAGCGGCGGCGGCACGGGGGCGGCGGGCGGCGGCACGGGGCCCGGCACGGCGCCCAGGAAGGGUCCUGGCAAGGGCCCUGGCAAGGGCGCUGGCAAGCAGAAGCAGCAGGGGAAACGGCCUGCCGUGGCGGCGCGCAAGGCUGCGCAGAGGCAGCAGUCCGCCAACAGCAAACAGCGGUGA